AUGAACACAGGCAGCUCCUUUGCAAAGGAAGCCAUGGAGGCUAAAGGCAAAUCAGAAGAGAAAUGCAAGGCCUUCAUGGACAUUUGCAAAUACUUCUCCGAGGAAGAGUGGGCAAAGCUGGGAAACUCAGAGAAAAUCACCCAUGUGUACAUGAAGAGAAACUACGACACCAUGACUCAUCUAGGUCUCAGGGCCAACCUCCCAGAUUUCAUGCGCCCUAAGAAACAGACCACAAAGUCUCCUGAGCAUGAUCCCGAUGAAGGUCAGAACCACGGGAAUCAGGGUGAGUGACAGGAAGGGCCUGGAAAGUAUCUCCUAAAGCCUGACUCUUUUUGGGUUCAGCUGCUCAGGAAAGAUUCUCGGGGGGUUCUUUCCCGAGAGGAUCACUGCUGAGUGAGGAAAGUAAGAUGCAGGAGGUUAUGUACAAUCAGAGGCCAUUCAUAUAAAGUCCUAAAACAUGCAAAAUAGCAGCAAUGUUUCUAUACAUAAUAAAUUAAUGGUAAAUGUAUAAAAACCUGAAUGAGAAUAAAACUCAUCAAA